GACGGCUCUUGGCGGGGCGGUGUGUGGCAGCGAGGUGUGGGCCGCCGGCCCUUCCGGCGUGCGCUGGUCGCUCAUGCUGCGGCCCGCGGCUGCCGGCCCCCGCUCGGAUUAGCGGCGCUCAGGCGCCGGGGCAGCGCGCGAGAUGUCGUCGGGCCUCCGCGCCGCCGACUUCCCCCGCUGGAAGCGCCACAUUUCGGAGGAGCUGAGGCGGCGGGACCGGCUGCAGAGGCAGGCGUUCGAAGAGAUCAUCCUGCAGUAUAACAAGUUGCUAGAAAAGUCAGAUCUUCAUUCAGUGCUGGCCCAUAAGCUCCAAGCUGAAAAGCAUGACAUCCCCAACAGGCAUGAGAUAAGUCCUGGACACGAUGGCGCAUGGAACGACGGUCAGCUACAGGAAAUGGCCCAGCUGAGGAUCAGACACCAGGAAGAACUGACUGAACUACACAAGAAGCGCGGGGAGUUAGCUCAAUUGGUGAUUGACCUGAAUAACCAAAUGCAGCAGAAAGACAGGGAGAUGCAGAUGAAUGAAGCAAAAAUUGCAGAAUGCUUGCAGACGAUCUCUGACCUGGAGACGGAGUGCCAAGAACUACGCAGUAAGCUUCAAGACCUCGAAAGGGCCAACCAGACCCUGAAGGACGAAUAUGAUGCUCUGCAGAUCACGUUUACUGCUUUGGAGGAGAAAUUGAGGAAAACUACUGAAGAGAAUCAGGAGCUGGUCACCCGGUGGAUGGCUGAGAAAGCCCAGGAAGCCAAUCGCUUAAAUGCAGAGAAUGAAAAGGAUUCAAGGAGACGGCAAGCCCGGCUGCAGAAAGAGCUUGCAGAAGCAGCAAAGGAACCUCUACCCGUUGAACAGGAUGAUGACAUUGAAGUCAUUGUGGACGAAACCUCUGAUCACGCUGAGGAGACGUCUCCUGUGCGAGCCAUCAGCAGAGCAGCCACUAAGCGACUCUCGCAGCCUGCUGGAGGCCUUCUGGAUUCUAUCACUAAUAUCUUUGGUCUGUCCGAGUCUCCCCUUUUGGGACAUCACUCUUCUGAUGCUGCCAGGAGGCGCUCUGUCUCUUCCUUUCCAGUUCCCCAGGAUAAUGUGGAUACUCAUCCUGGUUCUAGUAAAGAAGUGAGAGUGCCUACAACAGCGAUGUGUAUCUUUGAUGCUCAUGAUGGGGAAGUCAACGCUGUGCAGUUCAGCCCUGGCUCCCGGCUGCUGGCCACAGGAGGCAUGGAUCGGAGAGUUAAGCUUUGGGAAGUGUUUGGAGAUAAAUGUGAGUUCAAGGGUUCCCUGUCUGGCAGUAAUGCGGGAAUUACGAGCAUCGAAUUUGACAGUGCUGGAUCUUACCUCUUAGCAGCUUCAAAUGAUUUUGCAAGUCGAAUCUGGACUGUGGAUGAUUAUCGUUUACGGCACACGCUCACAGGACACAGCGGCAAAGUGCUGUCUGCCAAAUUCCUGCUGGACAAUGCCCGUAUUGUUUCUGGAAGUCAUGACCGGACCCUCAAGCUCUGGGAUCUACGCAGCAAAGUCUGCAUAAAGACGGUGUUUGCAGGAUCCAGCUGCAACGAUAUCGUCUGCACAGAGCAGUGUGUCAUGAGUGGCCAUUUUGACAAGAAAAUUCGUUUCUGGGACAUCCGAUCGGAGAGCAUCGUCCGGGAGAUGGAGCUGCUGGGGAAGAUUACGGCCCUGGACUUAAACCCGGAAAGAACAGAACUCCUCAGCUGCUCCCGUGAUGACUUGCUAAAGAUCAUCGAUCUGCGAAUAAAUGCUGUCAGACAGACGUUUAGCGCACCUGGGUUCAAGUGCGGCUCCGAUUGGACCAGAGUUGUGUUUAGCCCUGAUGGUGGUUAUGUGGCAGCGGGCUCGGCUGAGGGCUCUCUCUACAUCUGGAGCGUGCUCUCAGGGAAAGUGGAGAAAGUCCUUUCCAAGCAGCAUGGCUCGUCCAUCAAUGCUGUGGCGUGGUCCCCCUCCGGCUCGCACGUUGUCAGUGUGGACAAAGGAAGCAAAGCUGUGCUCUGGUCGGAAUAUUGAUGGCACUUCCUCGAGAGUAGAGCUGAAGCCGGAGAAGCACACCAACUCCCGCAACUCUGUCCUGGCAGGUGGUGUGUUGGGUGUUAGCUUUGACCUCCGGAGAAGAGCUGGAGCCAUGUGAGGCAAUGGCCUUCCUUUGAACAGGAUUUCUGAGGAUUUUAGCUGAGGUCUCGAAUGGCCUGAAAGAAUAACACUGAAAAAAGUCUGGCCCUGCAGUCCCUUAGCAGAGGUUCAGGUUCUUGCCUUGAUUUGGGUGGGAAACACUACUGGCUCUGAUCUUCCAUACCUCAGUGGGGGGAGCACAGGCACCUGCCGGGUUCCUCGCUCGCUGGCAGUGCCAACAACACCCCACGUGUCUGGGUGUCGGUUCUCCCUCCGUGCUUUCUCCCGUCCUUCCAGAGUCAGUCCUGGCCGAAUGCAUGUCCUAUCACUUCGGGGUGGUUUUCCCGGUGAACUCGCUCGAAUCAUUGGAUUAACAGAAACCCAAACAGGAUUACCCCUGCCCUCAGUACACAGGGACUGCCCUGAUUUCUGAGGAGACGACAGGACUGUGGUCCUCCCUGCUGGUCUGUGUCAUUAUUACAAAGCUCUUACUCUGAUCUCAUCUGAUUACUGUUGGAAUUUCCUUAGAUCUCCUAAACCGUUCUUAGAAAGCAGUUGUUCUUCAAAGGUUCGGGCUUCCUUUCUCCCUAACAAUGCUUACAUACCUAUUUCUUGGUCAAGAAAUAAGUCUGUGGCUGAAAGAACUUUUCGGAUGUAGGAGAGGAAGUGCUGAAACCUUCGGGGGAAGUGCACGUGCUGCAGGAGUGGAGGGUCUUUUGUGGACUUCCAGAAAGUGGGCGGGGUGUGCACCACCUUCUUCCCAGGUGCGCCUCAGUUACAGUCACUGGUAACGAGGGAUUGGAGGCCUCGAAUGUAUUAGCCUGGAGCCAGCAGUUCCGGGUCACUGCCCCUUUGCCAAGCCUAUGUGCAAUACCCCCUCGGUGCUUUAGUGCGAGAAGCCCAUUCCAAGAAGCAUGGGGAUGUCCUCUUUAGGUUUCAGGAGUUAGGAUCAAGGCCAGGGAAAAACUGGCCUGUGGCUUUUUUUUUUUUUUUUUUUACAUUUAUCUUUGCCAUUUUACCUGUGUAUAUCAUUUUAGUUCCUGAGUGACUGAAACACCAAUACUUUCAUCACUUUUUAAUUUGCACUUUAUUUUUUUCCUUCCACACUUGUUCUCUGGACAGCUGUGGGCAUGAGUGCUGGAGCUGGGUGAGGAGGGGCGCCGUGUCCGUCCUCCCUCUACCCCCAGCCCUCCUCCCCCACUUUCCAGCAUGCUGCUCCAAGAGCUCAAGGGGAGGUGGAAUUCACAGGCCAGGGCGCAUCUUUUAUUUAUUUAAUUAUGUUGCCCAACAGAACUUGAUUGUAAAUAAAAAAGAAAUCUGUUAUAUACUUUUCA